CCACCUCCGCCAACCCCUCCCUUCUCUCUCUCCCAGCCUGUCAGUGCCGUAGCUAGUAUCGGAGGUUAAGAAUCCUCCCCUAGACCCAGAGAGCGACCCAGCCUGCCGUAAACCUGACCGAGGCUUGGAGCCCACUCUCAGCCAUGGCUACUACUAUCGUUACCUCCACCCGCUUUACAGAUGAAUACCAACUCUACGAGGAGCUCGGGAAGGGAGCGUUUUCAGUGGUGCGCAGAUGUGUGAAGAAGUCAUCAGGUCAGGAGUUCGCCGCCAAAAUCAUCAACACCAAGAAACUCUCCGCCAGAGAUCACCAGAAGCUGGAACGAGAGGCUCGUAUCUGCCGUCUGCUCAAACAUUCAAACAUAGUGAGACUACAUGACAGUAUCUCAGAGGAAGGCUUUCACUACCUUGUCUUUGACCUGGUGACGGGAGGAGAGUUGUUUGAAGACAUCGUUGCUAGGGAGUACUACAGCGAGGCCGACGCCAGUCAGUGUAUUAACCAGAUCUUGGAGAGUGUUCAACAUAUCCACCAGCAUGACAUCGUCCACAGAGACCUCAAGCCUGAGAACCUGUUGCUGGCCAGUAAGAUGAAGGGAGCAGCAGUGAAGCUGGCAGACUUUGGCUUGGCCAUCGAGGUGCAGGGUGACCAACAGGCAUGGUUUGGUUUCGCGGGCACCCCUGGCUACCUGUCCCCUGAGGUCCUGAGGAAGGACUCCUAUGGCAAGCCUGUGGACAUAUGGGCCUGUGGUGUUAUUCUGUAUAUCUUGUUGGUUGGCUAUCCUCCAUUCUGGGAUGAAGACCAACACAAACUCUACCAGCAGAUCAAGGCUGGGGCCUAUGAUUUUCCCUCUCCAGAGUGGGACACUGUUACUCCAGAGGCUAAGAACCUUAUUAAUCAGAUGUUGACUAUUAAUCCUUCCAAGAGAAUCACUGCUGAUCAGGCUCUCAAACAUCCAUGGAUCUGCCAACGUUCCACCGUGGCGUCUAUGAUCCACAGACAGGAGACAGUGGAAUGUCUGCGCAAGUUCAACGCUCGGAGGAAACUCAAGGGAGCGAUCCUCACCACCAUGCUGGUGUCCAGAAACUUCUCAGUGGGCCGGCAGCAUACCAACCCUGCUGCUGUGUCCUCCACCGCCUCGCUGGCACAGGAAGCAUGCAAAAGUUUACUUAACAAAAAGGCGGAUGCUGCUAAGCCUACGACCAACAACAACAGUAAGAACAGCAUAGUGAGUGCCAUCAAUGCCAUGAAGGACAACAGCAUGGCCGCCGCACAAAUGGAAUCUCAAAAUACACUGGUUGCUGCUGAUGGGGUCAAGGGUUCUACAGAGAGUAGCAACACAAAUGAGGAUGAGGAUAUGAAAGCAGACAGCGUUGUGAUGAUGAGUCAGGGAAGUGCUACAGACGAGAUGCCCUCUCUUCUGACCUCGUCUGACAACUCGCCUGCCACCGUUCCUCUGCAUGAUGUAAAGCGCAUGGCGUGGAACGGCUCUGAUCAAGGCUCCAACCCCGAGUCUGAGCAUGCUCAGUCUGCUCCGCCCGCCGCUCCACUAGGGAGCCACAAUGUCCCUGUAACAGCCAAUACCACAGCACAGCACACUCGUAAGCAGGAGAUAAUCAAGAUAACUGAACAGCUGAUUGAAGCCGUGAACAAUGGAGACUUUGAGGCCUACACGAGGAUCUGUGAUCCAGGUCUGACUUCCUUUGAGCCUGAAGCUCUAGGGAACCUGGUGGAGGGAAUGGACUUCCACAAGUUCUACUUUGAAAACUUGCUGAGUAAGAACAGUAAGCCUGUCCACACCACCCUGCUGAACCCCCACGUUCAUCUGAUUGGAGAGGAGGCUGCCUGCAUCGCCUACAUCCGCCUUACACAAUUCGUCGAUGGCCAGGGCCGCCCCCGCUCCAGCCAAUCGGAGGAGACUAGGGUGUGGCAUCGCCGCGACAGCAAGUGGCUCAACGUUCACUUCCACUGCUCUGGUGCUCCGGCCGCACCGCUGCAGUGAUCUGGUGUCCAAACACUCCAGUCGGAGUGUGAGUUUUUUGGGGCGUGUUUUUGGCUAGUGUGUUUUGGGGGUGUGUCCUCUUUGUGGAUUGGCCCAUGCCAGGAACCCGGCCGGGCAAGACUGCACCCUCUCUGCAACACCAACCAAUCCCGUCUAUCCUUUGAUCCGCUGGGGGGCGGCCGAGUGUGGACUCCGCCCCUGUGGGAAUGAUGCAUGCAUCUGACGCCCAAUAGGAGGGCUUGUCCUUUGACCUCUGACCCCUCCCACCCGGCAGCCAUUUUGUCUCCCGUCCACGGCAGCCAUUUUGAGAUGAUGAGAGGAGCGGGGGGAGGAAAGGGGUUAAUGAACUUGUAAUGCCAGAUAUGACAAUGAGUUGUAAGUAUACAGGAUAAUAUAUGACUAGUAUCAGACAACACCCAACCCUACCAAGCAUUUAUAUAUACGUGGAAUGAGAGGAGAAUGUGUGUGAUUUGUAAGAGGUGACAUGUUGGGUUUUGUAAAUGGAGAAUUCCCUAUCAGAAUUCUGAACGGAAGGACAGUCGGUUCGAUCAGAAAGGAUGUAAUAACUUGAUGUGAGGAAACACCAAAGUGUACAACUGUAGGCUUUUUACACGUUUCUGUGUUCUUUGCUGCUUUAGUUUUUCUGAGAGAAGGGAAGGUAGGGGGGUGCAUUCGAGAGCGAUUUUGUUUCUGUUGUGUUUUUAGCCUUGUGUUUACGUUGCGUUUCUGUGGACUAUGUCGGAGUCUGUUUGAGACAAAUUGUAAGUGACUGCGUUUUAAAAGGGGUUUUAUUGUAAAAGUGAAGCUGCAAUGUGUACUGUCUGUUUUAUCUGUCUGCAGUGGGAGAGAGGGACUUUUGGGAAAAGGCGUCUGCAUUUUGCAUGUUUUCUCUCGCUCUCUCCCUUUCCUCACCCCUCCCCUCUCCGUUUCACUCUCCCACCCUCUGGCUGUGUUUUAGAUGGUGUGUGUUUGUGUGUGUAUAUAAGUCUAAGAGACUCAUUCAGAGUGCACAACGAAGGGGUGAACACCAUCUGGUCACACACACCAGCCGUAGUCCCAUGGCCGUGUUCCUGACCCCUCUGACGUCUACAUGUGGUUGACACCGUGUGACGAUCAACAAGGCGCUCACACGUCAACACAUGCACGCCUCCCGCCCAAAUUCUUAUUCUAUCUUCACGUCCUGAGCCUCCAGUCUCACGCGUUCUGUGUAAAUGCAUAUCGUGAACACACUUGCUCACACCUACACACUCUGUGGUGUGUCAGGCGUUGUAACAUAUCUUCACCGCUGCACCGUCUCCAUGGUGAAACUCCGGUAGUGUGUUUUCAUCCGUUCUUUGUGCGGUGUCCCUCCAUUAGUAACAGUCUCCUUCAUUCUCCCCAUUUGUGGAGCGGUGUCCCUCCAUUAGUAACAGUCUCCUUCAUUCUUCCCAUUUGUGGAGCGGUGUCCCUCCAUUAGUAACAGUCUCCUUCAUUUUCCCCAUUUGUAGAGCGGUGUCCCUCCAUUAGUAACAGUCUCCUUCAUUCUCCCCAUUUGUGGAGUGGUGUCCCUCCAUUAGUAACAGUGUCCUUCAUUUUCCCCAUUUGUAGAGCGGUGUCCCUCCAUUAGUAACAGUGUCCUUCAUUCUCCCCAUUUGUGGAGCGGUGUCUGUUUCUCUGUUUGAAUGUCUCUCUGUGUGUCUGUCUGUCUCCUGGUUUGGGUUUUGUUGACAAUGUUUUUGUUUACUGUUUGCUGUUUGGAAAGUUCUGCACUCUAUAUAUAUCUCACACACACACACACUAAAGUUACACCCAACUAUUUAACUGAUCAGACUAGCUGGUUAUAAUAUCACAGGGAAGGAAGGGACUUAAUCAAGAUCAGUUGUUGAGGAUAGAAAUCUGUUAUACACACACACACACACACACACACACACACACACACACACACAGACAGGAAAAAGGGAAUAGAGGGUGAACGUGGAGACAACAUAAUCAAUUAAAAUUAAUAGUAAAUUUAUUCAUUUAAUUUCACCCCCUCAGUGGUAUUUCAGUCCUUCUAUUGGCCGUUCAGGUGAGAGAAGAGCAGUAGAGAGUUCAGAGAUCACAUAAUUAUUGUUGGAAUUAAACCAGAGAGAUGUAUGCAUGUUUUCAGUUCAAGCAUCUCCACUGUGCACCUACCUGAACUAGGGUAGAGGAUAGGGUAUAUACUAACGAUAUCAUAUUUGCAUCUUUUGAAAUAAAAAUGAAAAACCCUCCUCCAUCCAGAAUAUUGAAUAUGUGACAUGAGAUUUAAAAAAUUAUAAAAAUAAAAAUACUAUUUAAUUACAAAAAGUAUUGCGGAGCCUUAGCUUGGUAUAAAGCUCAUUGUCAGUACUCUCCCUGCGUUGUGAUGUUAACCUGUCGGCCUGCGCUUUCUGUCCCCAGCAGUUGUUGGAUGCUGGAGGUUUUUAUUUUUUUGCAUGAUCAUGAUGUACGGUAAAAUAAAACCAUGAAUUGAGGACGAUCACGUGUUUGUCUCAAUAUUACUAGGUCCUUUAUCAUAGCUUUGUUAUUCAACUUGGAUCUUGAAAGUAUUUAAUAAAAAUAUUUCAGCACCG